CGUCUUCCCACUGAUUUGGUCCCUGACUGCUACAACAUCACCUUGUGGCCUCGCCUCAGCCCUGAACCAAGUUCCGGCCUCUACAUUUUUACAGGCCGAUCCACUCUGAUGUUUAAGUGCGUGAAAGAAACUGAUCUGAUCCUGAUCCACUCCAACAAACUCAAGUACACUAAGCUGAACGACACACACAUUGCCAGGCUCAUCGCUUCAGGUGGUGGAUCUGCUCCCACAAUUAAGUCCUGCAGGCUGCAGUCUGAGACCCAGUAUCUGGUUAUCCAGCUCAAUAGUAAAUUAACUCAAGGACAGAAGUAUGAGCUGUACACAGAGUUCACUGGAGAACUAGCUGAUGACUUGGCAGGCUUUUACCGGAGUGAAUAUGAGGAAGAUGGAGUCCGAAAGAUUGUUGCCACCUCUCAGAUGCAUCCAACUCAUGCCAGGAAGACCUUCCCUUGUUUUGAUGAGCCAGCUAUGAAAGCCGUUUUCAAUAUAACUCUCAUCCACCCCCCUGGAACUGUAGCCCUAUCCAACGGCAUGGAAAUAGAUAUUGUUAACACCAGUAUCGAUGGAGUAGCUGUGACACAGACCAGGUUUGAGCCAACCAAGAAAAUGUCCACCUAUUUACUGGCCAUCGUCGUCUCUGAAUACUCAAACAUCAGCGCCACACAAGGAGAGACUCUGAUCCGUAUCUGGGCUCGCAGGACAGCCAUUGACCAGGGACAAGGAAACUACGCCCUCAAUGUGACUGGACCCGUACUGGACUUCUUCCAGAUGUACUAUAACAUUUCCUACCCUCUGAGCAAGUCAGACCAAAUUGCUCUGCCAGACUUCUUCUUUGGUGCAAUGGAGAAUUGGGGUCUGGUGACGUACAGAGAAACCAACCUUCUCUAUGACCCCAUGACCUCCUCCAACAGAAAUAAAGAGACCACUGCCACCAUCAUUGCUCAUGAGCUAGCACACAUGUGGUUUGGAAACCUGGUGACUCUGCGCUGGUGGAAUGAGGUCUGGCUGAAUGAGGGCUUUGCUUCAUAUGUGUCUUACCUGGGAGCAGACCACGCUGAGCCCAGCUGGAAUGUGAAAGACUUGAUAGUACUUGAUGACAUCCACAGGGUGUUUGCAGUCGAUGCUUUGGCCUCUUCUCAUCCUCUGUCAUCUAAAGAAGACAGUAUCAUCCUGCCAGACCAGAUCACUGAGCAGUUUGAUGCCAUCUCAUACAGCAAGGGUGCAGCUGUGUUGAGGAUGCUGUCUGAUUUUCUCUCGGAGCGUAUCUUUGUCCAGGGACUCAGUAGUUACCUCAAUCACUUUGCCUACAAUAACACAGUGGGGAACGACUUAUGGCACCAUCUACAGAUGUUAUAAACUUGGAGAUGAAGAGCGGUGGUUUGUGGGUUCUGGCCAACAUCAAUGUAACUGGAUAUUACCGGGUAAACUAUGACCUUGGAAACUGGGAUAGCCUACUUGCUCAACUUCACUCAGGGCACCAGGUUAUACCAGUGAUAAACAGAGCCCAGCUUGUGGAUGAUGCUUUCAAUUUGGCCAGGGCUCAGCUAGUCACCACUACUCUUGCUCUGAGGACAACCUCUUAUCUGUCUGCAGAGACAGAAUACUUACCCUGGCAGUCUGCUCUGGAUAAUCUGAAUUUUUACUACCUCAUGCUGGACCGUACUGAAGUCUAUCAGCCUAUGCAGGACUACAUAAAGAAGCUGGUAACGCCCCUCUUCCUGCACUUCAAGAACAUGACAUCAAAUUGGACCCAUGUUCCUUACAGACACACUGAUCAGUAUAACCAGGUGAACGCCAUCCGAAUGGCCUGCAGCACUGGAGUAACAGAAUGCCAGAACCUGACCAACACAUGGUUUGAGCAAUGGAUGGACAGCCCUCAACAGAAUUUGAUCCAUCCCAACCUGCGUUCAGCAGUGUACUGCAGUGCCAUGGCCGCAGGAGAUAAAGCAGAAUGGGAUUUUGGAUGGGAACAGUUCAAGAAUGCUGCUGUAGCCAGUGAAGCCAGCAAACUCAUGUCUGCACUGGCCUGUACCACCAAAACACAACUGCUGGAAAGGUAUCUGUCUUACACCUUAAACUCAACUUUAAUCCGUAAGCAGGACGCCACCUCUGUCAUCACUGCUGUUGCCAGCAACAGAGUGGGACAGACUCUGGCAUGGGACUUUGUCAGGAAAGAGUGGGAAUACAUGUUUACACAAUAUGGUGUGGGCUCUUUCUCCUUUGCCUCUAUGAUCAGUGGGGUCACAGCAAGGUUCUCUACGCUUGAUGAACUACAACAGCUGGAGCAGUUUGUGGAGGAGCAUAAAGCAGCAGGGUUUGGCUCUGCCACGCUUGCUGUGAAGCAGGCCUUGGAGAAAACCAAAGCUAACAUCAAGUGGCUGGAACAGAACAAGAAUGAGGUGUUGGACUGGUUCAACAGUCAGACUUGACAUCAGAGUCACUAAGAGAGAGAGAGAGAGCUGAAAGCUAUAAUGUUAUAUUUUUCUCCUCUACAUAAAGGACCAGUGAAGGACCCAGUUAUAAGGUGUUAGUACCACAGUAAUGCUCAUUCUUUUUUAAUAACACAAUGAAUAUGGUGUAUUCUUAUGUAACAAAACACAAAACAAUGAUGUGGUGUCCAAAUAACUCAGAUUUAAAGGUCCAGUGUUUAACAGCAUCUAGUGGUGAAAUUGCAAAUUGCAACUCCCUUGUUUCACCCCCUCUUCCAAGCAUGAAGGAAAACUACGGUGGCCACGAAACGUGCGAAAAGUGCAAACGACCGUACCUGGUGCCAGUGUUUCGAUCGUCCCUCCUGGGUUAGUGUAGAAAUGUGGAGGUUCAACAUGGUGGUCCCCAUAUAAAAGGAGAUAAAAACGACCGUUAAGUCUUUAUAAAUAAUUUUAUAAGGAGUUUGGUGUUGA